AUGGCCCAGCGAAAUAAGACGGUUGUUGCACGCCUGAUUCGCGGAAUUUUGUCUCAGGUGUCUUGGAUUCGGAAGAGGGACUUGCACAUCCUGACGUCCAUGUCGGUGACUUACACCAGCGACGCAAGAUUCACGAUAGUCGGCAGCCCGGAGCACGACGACUGGAAUCUUCGGAUAGAUUACGUGCAACCGCGGGACGCCGGCAUUUACGAAUGUCAAGUUAACACAGAACCGAAGAUAUACAGGGCGGUCGCGUUGAAAGUUUUG